AUAACUUGAUUGAUUGCUUUACAUCGUGCUGCUGUAUUUAAUCCUAAGGUUUGCUGCAGAGAUAAAAGAAGAAAAGAACAUUAGCCAAGUGUUAUAAAUGAGAGCGGAAUUUUGUGCUGAUAUGGUAUUUCCUUGUCUUCUUCUAGUCCUCAUUGUUUUAGAUUAUCAGUAUUUUAUUGAUGUAAUUUAUAAAACUUCACAGGGAAUCAUAGCUGUGUAUGUAUAUGUUUAGAGGGAGUGUUUUCACCCUUCACUGCUGUAGGUAAAGUGAAAAUUUUCAGAUCUUAUCAGACAGGGAUAAUGGAGAUAAAUGAUGGUUGAAACAGUACAGCUAAUGAAGGUUGCCUUAGUAACAGGCCUAAGGUGUCACAGUGGGUGGGAGGCGAGGAGCUUGAGAUGAGGGAGAGAGUGAGAGAGAUGGCAGAGGUUCCUGUCAUUUUACUACACUUAACUUUCAGCGGAGGUUCUCGCUCUGGGAGCAUCAGUGAUGGCGGCGGGACAGAAGACGAGAACAGCGAGCCCACAGUGAAGAAACUGCCAUCAGGUACCAUGAAGACUGAAGCAGGCAACAGCCAGUUCUAUAGCAAGGUGGGCAUCAUCCCCAUCUAUGACAGUUUAGACAGAGCUGGCAUCAGAGAACUCUCAGGGAGCGUCAAAGUGAAAGCCAUGACAAAAAAAGUUCAUGAUUUGAGCUCCAGGUUUCCUAAAAUAGACGACUGUGCUCACUUCCAUUAUGAUUUUAUAGAGCUCGGACCUCUUCAGGUGUCACUACUUCCUGGUCACCGCGAUAGUUACAAACACAAUGAGGACGGCACUAUGACACCUCUCUACUUUAUUAAAGUCUCUUCUAAUGAGAAAAUGUGGACUUUAAAAAGAACUUUUGAAAAUUUCCGCCUGUUAGACAAGCAGCUGCACAAAUGUAUAUAUGAUCGCAAGUUCAGCAAGCUGCCAGAGCUCCGUAAGGAAGACGGAGAUGAGGAAAAUUUAGAGGGCAUUCCAGAGAAGCUAGCUGCCUACCUGAACAAAUUCAGUGAGAUAGCAGGCAACAUGAUCAGCUGUGGACCAAUACUGAACUGGCUGGAGAUGGAUAACCAUGGCAACCGUCUGUUAAUAACCUCCAGUGAUGACAGUGACAUCAAUAUCCCAGCCAUCGCGGCGGCACACGUAGUGAAGUCACACAACGCCCAGGCCACGGACGAACUCUCUCUCAAAGUUGGUGACUUUGUAUCUGUGAUAGACAUGCCUCCAGUAGAGGACACAGUAUGGUGGAGAGGAAAGAAGGCUUCAUUUGAGGUUGGUUUCUUCCCAGCAGAGUGUGUAGAAAUCAUUGGCUCUGACAACAAGAUGCCACAAACAGUGGAGGCUAAGCUAGCAGAAGCACAAAAACCAGUUUUACAGCGCCGAGGCAAGGUGAUAUCAUUCCUGUCCCGUUUCUUCACGCAUCGUCCCACCAGGAACGCCCUGAAGCAGACGGGAAUCGUGAAGGAGAGAGUGUUUGGUUGUGAUCUUGGUGAACAUCUGCUCAAUUCAGGACUAGAAGUGCCACAGGUGCUCCAAAUUUGCAGCGAAGUAAUAGAGAAACAUGGUAUUGUAGAUGGUAUAUACAGACUGUCUGGAGUGGCAUCGAAUAUACAGAAACUCAGGCUAGCGUUUGAUGAAGGGACAGCUCCUGACCUGAAGAUAGAGACCCAGAAAGACAUCCACAGUAUCAGCUCCUUACUGAAGAUGUACUUCAGAGAGUUACCCAACCCUCUCCUCACCUAUCAACUCUACUCGUGCCAAGAAGCUAGCACGUCCCAAGUCCCUAUGUGUAGCCACGCCCACCAAACUGCUGUCACUAGAGGAGGCCCAGCAAAAACAGAAAUACAUAGAAGUAGGAGGAGGUCCUGCUGCCUUGCCUGAAUUCCACACUAUACUAGAACAUCCUCGUAAGCGGAGCAGAAAGUCUGGAGGUUGGAAGGCUCUGUUCAAAGGCAGUGGUGGGAAGACAAGUUCUGGUGCUGCUAAACCUAAAUACAGAAAGAGUAGCACCCCAGUGCCCUCCAAGUUUUCCGGUAAACAACAUAACACAGAUGUAAGCAGAGGUGACACGAGGAGGAAACUACGCAUGGUAAAAAGUGCCGACUCCUUGGCUACCAUGUCUGCACUGCCACACGCAGGGGCCCUGAUUGCCAACCCAUAUGCAGAAGAGAGUCCCAAGUUAGAGCGACCCAAGUCAGUAGAUGACAGUAGUAUCACUACGGGAACCACAGUGGUAGAGGCUCCCAUGCCAAGGUCUAACUCCCUAGAGUCCUACUUUGAAAUGCCAAUAGAUGCUGACGCUCAGAGUGAUGUCACUGAGGACUCGAUUGUGUCUGAGCAAGCAGUCUCUCAGAAACCCAGCAAAAAGAAACAGCGAACAGCAUCAGAACCUUCCACCCCUCAGGAACUCAAAGUGUUUGAAAUAGAACUUGAGUCAAAGAAGUCCCACAGGUCGCCAUCUUUAAAACAAAAAAUUGCAAAAGCUCUAUCACCUAAGGCUCGACGGAAGAGAAGCACUCCAUCUCCUAGUAACAGCAAACGUUUAGUCUCUGCACCCAUAUUGCAGACACCUCCAAGUUCAGAGAGCUCCUCACCUUUAUGCCACAAGUCAUUUUCAUUCAGCGAUUCUGCAUCUCUUGAGGAAAAAUUUCAAAGCAAGAAUGGAGGAGGAGGAAGCGGGGUGUUCUAUGUCCCCAAUGAGACCCAGGAGCCAGGGGAGAUCCUGGAGCUGGCUCACAGCCCUGGUGCUAAGAGAAAAUCUGUGCGGAGAUUCUCAGAGUUUGACUCCGCGGAAGAUGUCAGUCAAGACACGUCACAGACGUUAGAGGCCAGUCAGAGUGAUGGUAAUUUGUCUAGCAGCACGCUGGAUUUAUCCAUAGAGAACCUGAGCACAGAAAACUAUAACUUGGUGGAGGAAGUGCAGUCUGCUAUCCAGGAAAGAGGACAGAAGGAUUCCAGUCCCGAUAUUCUUGGAUCCCGUAGUAGUGAGCAAGAUUUGUUCGAGGCUUCCAAGGAUUCGAGUGCCCAGUCAGUGCCAAAUACAAAUGACUCUGUGUCCAGUUACACAAAGGAAGAUUCAGAACAGUCACCUGCUGCUCCUUCCGAGCAGAGGAAAAGUUUAAAGAUUGAACUUCGCUUGGGUACACCGGACAGUGAUAAAUUCCCAAAUUUGAUGCUCACGUCAUCAGACUCUUUAUUUUCUGCCAACAGUGAUUUAAAAACCCCAGACAGUGAUGUCAUAACCCUGGACAGCUCGUCCACCAUUAACUCUGAAAUCAUGGAGCAAUGGUCUCGGACACUAGGAGCAGACUCAACAGCUGAAAGCUGCGACAAUCUCAGCUGUCAUUCCUGGAAUUUUGCCAAUAAUGAGGAUCGACGGCUGUCACAGUCAAGCGAUGAGUAUUUUUCCACCCUGUCUCGUGACAGUGAGCAGGGGACAUUAACACGCAGUGACUGGGGCACACUCAGAGACAGUAACUUUGAUACACUGAGUGAUUCUGGGGGUCAUAUAGACUAUUCCUCGGAGGUUGGGGACCAGGGAACUCUGACACGUAAUCAUGAAGGAAAUCAGGCAGAACCCCAAGAACAGACAGAUUUCCUGUCAGAUUCAGAACUUAUUCCAAAGGAAACUUUAGAUUUGAUAACAAGUGGUGCCAGUUUUGACCACUUAGGAGGGAUAACCACCUUAACUGCUGACAACACAGAGGGGAGUGGUCUGACAGCUACACAGGGGUCCAAGGAGAGCACCACCAGCACCACCACAUUUCUGGAGACAGACAUUGAUUUACUGGACAGCAGUAACAGCCAUGGAGCACCGUCACCAGUGGCAUCUUUAACAUCUCAGUCCCCAUGUCCCCUGUCACCAGACAUGGUGGUGUCACCUGUCAGACAGGAGUCUGUUGACGACCCCGCUGUGUCACAGUCCUCGGAAUUACCAUUGGAACAGCGACCAGCCUUCACUAUGUCUCUGUCAUCAGACGGAGGUCUGGGUGACAGUGGUGAAUAUGAUAACGCAUUAAACCGUAGACACAGUUCCCAGGGUUCCUUGCACAGUGGAGAUUACGACAACGUGAUAUCCCACAGACAUGAGUCCCUGGGGUCACUGCUGGACCAGAUCACGCCCGACGGAAGCUCCUCUCUUGCCUCAGAAGAUCUCCUUAGUCAGCUCAUGCCACUGUCUGAUGUGGCGGAGACUUCUUUACCCAACACCACAGAGGAUGCUCCGCCUGUUGAUGGUGGUAGUCUGGGGGAGUGUGAACCUGCUGAAUCCAGUGCCAUAGUAGAGCCAGCACCUGACAACACUGAGACUGCUGAUGGUGAAGAGCAAGCACCUGUAACAACUGACACCACUGAGGGAACAGUUGGGGAUGUAAUAGAGGAACAGGUGCCCCCUGUAACAAACAUUGAGGAUGAGGCACCAUGUGUGACAAGUAGCAGUGAGGAAUUGGUACCUGUUAGCACUGUCAUGUCUGUUAGUACAGGAGAUCAAGACAACAAUCUAAGUGCUGAAGUUAAGACCCUCCCCACAGAACCUACAGAACCUCCUGUAGCUAGUGAAGAAAUAGAUGAACAUGUAGAUAAAGUCCCUGCACCAAGUCCUGUUGUGACUGAGACAGACAGGGAAGAUGUUAUUGUUGUGAAACCUAGGAAAAUAUUAGUUGUUAAACCAGACUCUGUUGACUCAGAUACAAAACCAGCACCUGCUCAAGAUGUCAAACCAGACUCAGAAAUGUCUGAUGACAACACAGUGUCAGGUGAGAAUGUUUCGGGUUUGCCAUUUAGAGACAAGAGCAGCCCAGUGGAUGACUCUACCCUCUAUAGUCCCAGGGGUAUAGGUCUACCCCACCGAGAGGAAAGUGUGGUUCUACGGCGCAGAGAGAUCACUGCACCAAGUUUCCCAUCUCCACGAUCUCAGAUGGUGACUCAAGUUGACAUUAGUGAUACAUUUGUACAGGCAAAUCCAGCACAGGCUAGUUCAGUACAGGCAAAUCCAGCUCAGCCAAGUCCAGCAGAGGCAAGUCCAGCACAGGAGAGUUCAGUGCUGGCAAGUCCAACUGAGGAAAGUUCUCCGCCUAUAGUCAAUGAUCAACCAACUCAACACAAGAGACUAAUACGACCUUUUGAAUAUGAAGAUGACAGUAUCUUCAAGUCAUAUAAAAGCACAGAUAGUGGCAGUGACUCUAGUAGUUUAGAAAGAGACAAUAUUCCAGCUUGGGACUAUGGACGUUCUGAGAGUAAAAAAGGAAUUCAGAAAUUUGAUAGGGAUAGAAGACAGGAAAGGUGGAAAAAUAGUUCACAAAAGAAAGAUGGUGAUGCCACUACAAAGAGUGGAAGACCAUCUAGUAUUGGUGACAAGGUGGCGUUGUUUAGUCAAAGUCAAGACAGCACAAAUCAAAAUGUGAUCAAACAUGAUGGAACGCAAGCUGGGGAGGUACGGGCCUAUGUCCUUAGGCAGCCUAGGUUAGAACCUCAUGUGUCCAGUGACACUAGCUCAUAUGUAAAAGAUAAUUUUAACAUAGAGGAGUCAGUAGACAGUGAGGACAGUUGUUUUGGAAGCUUUCCAAGACGAUCCAAAAGAAUGGGUCAAGUGGAGACAUCUAGGGAUUUGUCAACACCACACCAGUACACUCCAACAGCUCAGGAUGACGGCAUGAAGACACCAAGUAUUGACUCAGCAGGUUCUUCUGCUCCACAGAGACACCAUUCAGGUGGUUCCAGCGUCUCUCACCCAAGUUUUAAAAGUGUUGCACCUCCUUCUGAGUCUCAAGUUGUGUCUACGCCCAAAACCAUCCAGGUCCAACAUGGCAGGGUGCAAGGACGGGCUAAGAAACCUCCGCUUCACGACAGUAAGGAUGAUAAAAGCAAAGAGGACAUGAGAAGAUAUAUAGAGAAACCAGUGGAAAUCAUUGAAAAGCAGCCAAUAUCCACAUCUAAAGGAAAAGAGGACAGUGCUGGUGGUCCUGAAAAGGUCAAUUCUGAUUCAGGAGCGAAAAGAACUGCACUUGUGCAGAGAAAGAGCAGUGUGAGAGCUCUAAUGUCACAGUUUGAAACUAAAAGUGGUCCUGAUUCUGAAGCAGUGGAUUCAGGGAAAAGCCAGAAGCAAGAGCUGACUGAAGAGAAAGAUAAACCACAUUCUGUGUUAUUGUCAAGACAGGACAGUACCAAUACCUCAGACUCUAGUCUGAUCACCAUGACCCCCGGUGACUCUGACAGCCUGGGCAAGCUGUAUCGUAGAGGACUGUCACAUGAACAAGGUCAAGGUCGUUACUCUGGGCGUAGGUACGGGCCCAGUGAGGAGCCAAUAGUACGUCCCAGCAUGCUUCGUAAGCUUUCUGCUCCACCAGUAUUUACUGGGGCUGGUCACACAGAGUUUUCUCUGCCUUCACAGACAAGUCAGUCCUCUUCUCCUAUGUCACCAUCAUAGUGUUAGCAAGAUACAACUGAGAUUGUAGGAAUACUGAUAAAUAUGUGCUUUAGCAAACUCAUGAUUUGAUGGAAUUUUUUUCUUUAAAUACAAAGAAUGUGCAAAGGAAUUUGCUGUUACUGGUAUUUUAGUGCUUGCAUCUUCAUUUUUAAGACUAAGUAGAAUUCUACAGUUUACACUCAGAAUUUCAUGGUAUCAUACUGCUGUUGUUUUAAGGACAAUUGAAUGGGUAACCAGUUUCAAAAUUCAUGUAUAUUGAAAUAGAGAAAAGUAAGCCUCAGUUUUUAUGGCUAAGGUCAGCAUUUUGUAUCUUAAGAGGCUAAAAGAAGUAGUCUCAACAAUACAGUGGUCUUUACUUCAAGCAUUUGCAUAGAAUUUUUGCUUUUAGUGGUCUUGAAUUUCAGCCAUUGACAUUGGUAUUUGUAUAUUAAAAUACUUUCAUAUUUUAUUUACUCUUUUAUGCAGUUUUGAAUGGCAACCAAGCUAGUAUUAUUGAUAAAUCUUGCAGGAGUAUUUUACAACAGGCUUGUAGGCAAUUUCUUAAUUUUAUUCAAUUUUUACAAGCAUUUAUUAUCCUGUAAACUUGCAGCAGCAGGAUCAGACGCAGUGCAUCAUACUAUGUCAUAAUGAUAAUACAUCAUGUUUGUUUUUCAUUCUGAACAAGGAAACUGUUUGACCUAUUUCUAUAUAAGCGGUCAAUCUGUGUCAGUAUUGGAAUUGUGUGUACGUGUAAAUACUCAUCUACUGCCUUGUAUAUAAUGCCAUUUUCACCAUCGUUGACUGGGGAAUGUACUUAUUACAUGUGUAUGUAAACGUCAUUGAUUUGACUGUGCUUGACGAGGGACAUGUUCAGAUGUGUGUGUUUUGGACCUGUGUGUAAAAGACAGGGCGGUAUAUACUCAAGAGUAACUCUGCUUUUACUACAAAAUGUUUCAUAAAUGUCAAGGUCAUGUUCCUUAGUGUUUGCAUUUGAAAGUAAAAAUAGUUUAUUCAUCAACUUACAAAAGCGGUACCAUAAAACUGUUUCAGCAGUUGAAGUCAUGUUUGCUUAAUCUUAUAAAUGUAUUGAAAUGCAUUUUUAUAAAUAAAUGAAACCAAAUUUA